AUGCUUGUUGAUGAUCGGUGUACUUGCAUCAGUAUCAUCAGCGGCUUCAGUGUGGGGCUGUGCCGAUCAAGUGACGGCCCAUACCGAGGCCACUUUUUGUCGGCAGUGGGCGCCGCAGUCAUCACGUCGCAGGUGCUGGUCUUGCCCGGUGUUCUCCGAAUCUCGAAGGGCCGCGAGUCCUUGGUGGUGCAAGGAGCCAUGAUGGUUCAUGCCUUCAAGUUCAUCGGCUAUGCUUGGGCUCCGAGUGGAAAGUGGGUCUAUGUGGUUCUCGCGCUGUCCACUCCAACGUUCUGCGCCGCACCGGUUCUCUCGAGCUUGUGCACCCGGCAUGUGCCUGCAACGCAGCAAGGGCUGUGGUCGGGGAGCAUGUCGGCACUGAACACCGCCGCCAAUGUCGUAGGUGCGUUGAUUGGAUCCAGGCUUCUUGCCCUCUCACUGCGGGGGUUCCUCCCUCUUGGAUCUCCGCUCUAUGCCGGCGCAUUGUGCCACAUGUUAGCGGCUCUUUGCGUGGGUUGUGCGAGCCUGUCGGUGGACAAGAAGACGUCGGAAUCGUACGACGAAGAGAGGGCCCCUGAGUCGCUGCACGGUGCUUGA